AUGACACGGCCAUUAGUAUCACGACGUGGUAGGCUCGCACUGCUGCUAGUCGCUUUUUGGAUAACGGUAGCCUUCCUGGCAUCCCAUGGAGACGUGCGGCAGAUAUUUUUACAGCGAUGGCUGCGAGUACGGGCCCACGAACCCAAGGCAGGCGAAUCCCAAGUCACUAACCCCGAGCCUGACAUCCAACAAACCACCCUCACUGGGACGCUUACGCAUAAUAUGACUCCCGCUGUCCUUCAGGCUACAGACCGAGUUAACGCAACGUUUGUCACUCUCGCUCGCAACCAAGACGUAUGGGACCUUGCGCGGACGGUCAAACAGAUUGAAGACCGUCUGAACUCCCGCAUGCACUACGACUGGGUGUUCCUCAACGACAAACCCUUUGACAGCACCUUUAAGCGUGUCAUGACCUCCCUCGUCUCAGGGGAAGCCAAGUUCGGCUCCAUACCCAGCGAGGAGUGGUCGUUUCCGCCACAUAUCGACCUAGAGCGCGCCGCUCGUACCCGCCAGCGUAUGAAGGACCAGGGAGUCAUCUACGGCGAUUCCGUGAGCUACCGACAUAUGUGUCGGUAUCAGAGCGGAUUCUUUUUCAGGCAUCCUCUGAUGAUGCAGUAUGAGUGGUAUUGGCGUGUAGAGCCGGGGGUUGAGUUUAUGUGUGAUAUACGCGAAGAUCCAUUUAGGGUGAUGGCAGACAAAGGCAAGAAGUGUGGGUUUGUGAUCAGCUUACGGGAAUACCCUACCACUAUCCCAUCGCUGUGGGAGAAGACUAGGAAGUUUAUCAAGGAGCAUCCAGAGCACGUUGUCAAAGAAAACAUGAUAGAUUUCAUCAGUGAUGAUCACGGAGUCAGCUAUAAUAAUUGCCAUUUUUGGUCGAACUUUGAAAUUGGUUCGCUCUCAUUUUUCCGCUCGAAAGCGUACAUCGAUUACUUCAACCAUCUUGAUAACACAGGCGGCUUUUUCUAUGAGCGUUGGGGGGACGCCCCCAUCCACUCUAUUGCAGCAGCCCUGAUGCUUAAGAAGUCCGAAAUCCACUUCUUUAACGAUAUCGGUUAUUACCACGUUCCCUUCACACACUGUCCGACAGGCAAUAAACUCAAGACAGAUCUACGAUGUUAUUGUAGUGAAAAGAAGAAUUUCGACUGGAAGGGGUAUUCAUGUACAGAGAAAUUUUUUGAUUUGACUGGGCUGGAGAAACCAGAGGGAUAUGAAUUAGAGAGCAAUUAA